CCACACGCAAUAACACCUGAUUUGAACCCUCUGCGCUUUGUUUAGUUUAUUCAAUACUCAAUUGUUUCCCCGUCUAUACAUUUCUUGAACGGAAUAAUGUUCGGUCUUAGCCGCUUCGCUCCUACCCUCCGCACCGCGUCCCUGCGCCGCGCUUUCAGCGCCUCUACUUCCCGAAGCCAUGCGACCAUAACUAUUGCCGGACCUCUCGGCGCGGCUCCGGAGCUCAAAACUUCCCAGAAUGGACGCCAAUACAUAAGAUAUAUCGUUGGUUCCAAGAACUCAAUGACCCAAGAAAUGACAUGGUUCCGGGUUCUAAGCUUUACGGAGGCUGAAAAGAGCCAGAACUAUUUGCUCGGGCUGGAGAAGGGGACUAUAAUGCAUGUUGAGGGAGAACCGAGCAUUACCAGCCUUGAGACCCCCGAGGGCCAGAAGAAGUACAACUUUAACGUUGUGCAGCGGAGACAUACGGUCCUUAGCCGUCCCAGACAGCGACAGUUCAAAGAUGCCGAACAAGAUCAGUCCACUGAACAGGGCCAAUCCGCAGAGCAGCCCACCGAACAUGACCAAUCCCCGAAACAAGAGGCUCAUUAGAUCGAGAAUACUGAAUCGCAAUAUGCCAUUUGGAGCCUUAUCUCAUAUGUAUUGGAUAUUCCUCUGAGCAGGCUGUUGCAGAGUACUGCUUCUAAUGUAUUGUUUUCGGAGGAAUGUUUGAAAGCACCCACCCAUCCUCACCAGCCCAGGUCGAGUUCCUUUCUUCGCAUGUAUUUUCAGACGCUAGGCUUUUUUCUCUUUGGGAAUCGCGGGUAUAUUGUCCUUGGGAGUUAUCGGCUUUCUUCGUGGAUGAUGGUCGGUUACAACAUCUAUUUAUAUUCUCGAGCUCAUUAGUCCAUCGUGUAUUCUAGUUGAAUCAUUCCUGCUGG